UAUGAUUGAUUUGAGAUUUUUUUUUUUGGCUGUUGUUGCUGCUAACCACUUUUUGAUCAUUAUCUUUUAUCAACAUAGUAACAAGUUAUUGUUUCUUUGGGAGUUUUUUUUUGGUUUUGUUCCAUUUUUUUAAUAUUUAAUGAUGCUGCUCAUGACGGCACAUCAGUGGUCUAAAAAACGGACUAUUUCAUCGCCAUAAAUCUGGACAUUGAUUGAUUUUAUGAUACGAGAAAAAAAAUAAAUUCGAAAAAAUGAAGAUUGAACAAUCCAUUCAAAAACUUAAUAUUAAUAAUACAAAUUCAACGACAACAAUGACGACGAUGGCAUCGUCUACAUCACCACCAUCAACAUCGUCAUUAUAUACAUAUAAUGAUGUAACAUCACAACAACAACAGCAACAACCAAUUCAUUGGAAUCCGAAUCCAUUUUCAACAACAACAUUGGCAAACAACAAAUCUAGUUCCAACACAUUAUCCACCUCUUCAACAUCAGAAUAAUUUUCAAGCACAAUCAUUUUUUAUUCAACAUCAAGGAAUUUUUCCACAAUCACCACCAAUACCACCACCACCGCCGCCAACAUUUUUGAUUGGUACAAUGCCCAUGAUUAAUCAUCAAUCGAUUGUGCCACCAUCAUUAUCAUCAUCAUCAACACAGCAUCAUCAUCAGCAACAACAACAACAAUCAGCAUUUAAUAAUCAAUUUUAUGAUAAAAAUUAUCCAGAAAUGCCUAUGGUGAAUAAUUCGAAUUAUGAAUUACAACAACAAUUAUCGAAUUUUUCAAUUAACAAUAAUUAUAAUAUGAAUGAUGAUGAUCAAAUACAACGGCCACAGCAACAACAGCAUUCGCAACAAUUUAAUCGAUCCACAGCAACAACAACAACAACAACAAAUGAAUUGUUGAAUAAUAAAUCAAUGGAUCAAAAGCGAUUACCAACAAAUAAUAAUAGUCGUAAACCUAAUUGGACAAAAAUAAAUGUAAAUGAUUUAUUUGAAAUGUCUAAACCAAAUUUUAGAAAUAAUAGAAGAUUAUUAAAUGAUGAUCAUCAUCAUGCAUUAUUGCCAACACCAUCAACGGCGACUACGGCUACGAAUAGUAUACAUCAUCAAUAUUUUAAUAAUACAAACACAUCUGGUGGUGAUUUUGGUGGCGGUACUAAUAAUGAUCGUAAAAAUGUGAAUAAAAAUCGUCAAAAAAGAUUGUUUAUGAAUAAAGAUGAUGAAAAUCGAUUGAAAUUUAACAAUGAAGAACCACGACGACAACAACAACAACAACAGCAGCAAGAAGAACAAUUGAAACGUUUAAAAUUAAAUCGAUUAGAAGAUAAACAUUUGGAGAAUAUUUUAGCAAAAUUUGGUCAUGAUCUAAUUGAAACUGAAUGUCAUAUACAACGAAUAAUUUCAUCAUAUUCACAGCGUACAUGUACAUAUCUUUAUUCAAUUAUUUGGAUAUAUUUUGAACAUCUUGAACAACGAUUAAAUUUUCAUCAUGAUAAUAAUGAUCCAAAUACAUUAUCAUAUACAGACUUAUUAGAUGGCCGUCAAUAUCAAUAUACGGAUUUUUGUUCAUAUGGAAAAAGAUUUCAAAUUUUUCUUAACCAUUCAAAUUGGUUUAAACCAAUUGAAUUGGAACAAUUUCUAUGUCUUAUAAAACAUUAUGAAAAAUUACAUCCAAAAGAUAUAUUGGAAUUUCGUCAAUAUUUGUUGCAUCUACGAUUACAAUUACAACGAAAUAAUAGAAAUAAUAAUAAUAAUAAUUACUUUAAUCGUUCAAUAAAAUUAAAUUAUUCGAUUGAUUAUCGUUCGGUUACAUAUGAAACAUUUGAUCAAAGAAUGCUUUAUAACAACGUGAUUCAAUUGAAUGGUUUCAAAGAAAAAUUCAAUGAAUUUAAUUCCACAUAUUCAUUAUCGAAAGAAUCACGUUCACAUAUGAUGAAAUUUGUACAAAUGUUUGAACAAAUGCUGUACACUCAUUUUGAACAAUUUCGACCUCGUGUACAUACAUUUGGAUCCAUUUCCAAUGGCCUCGGUACAUCGAAUUCGGAUUUUGAUCUUUUCAUACAAUUUGAAAAGAUCAAUGCAGAUAUAUUGGAUUUUCAUACAUCAAUGAUGGCAUUAGAAGUGAUUGAAAAGCUGAUGAAAAUUGAAUUUGGUCUACAAUUACGUAAUGAUCAAUCAACAAUCAUACAUAGUCGUCGUUGUCCAAUAAUUAAAUUGAAUUUUCAUCAAUGUUUACGACAUUUGAAAUUGGAAAUGCCUAGGCAGCAGCAAAUGAGAAUGGAAUUUACAAAAUGUGAUAUAAGUAUAGUUUCAAUGUAUGGUGUACAUAAUAGCCGUUUAUUGAAUUUUUUCACCCGAUAUGAUCGACGUUUCUAUGAGCUAACAAUGGCAUUGAAAUAUUGGGCCAAAACCAAUGAAUUGAUAUCGACACAUAUGUUCUCCACAUAUGCAUUCACAAUGUUGAUUGUAUUUUUUCUACAGCAACAAGAUCCACCAAUUCUGCCUACCGUUGGUUAUUUGAAUCGUUUGGCUAAAAAAUCGAAAAAUUCCAAAAAACAAAUCCUUCAUAGAUGGGAUUUUAAUUUCUAUGAUGAUGAUAUCGAAUUGAUUGGUAGAAGCAAAAAUCGAAAAUCGACGCCAUCAUUGUUUGUUGAAUUUUUCAAGUAUUACAAUGAAUUCAAUUUUUUCCUAAACGCCAUAAGACCACGGCAAGGUGUUCACAUCAAUAAAUACAAAUUAGCCGCAGAAAAAGAAAUAAAUAAUUUCCACACGUUCAAUAUGUCAUCAUUUUUUUGUAUUGAAGAUCCAUUUGUUUUGGAUCAUAAUGUUGCAUAUAAUGUACGAACAAGGAAUGUACAUCGAUUUUUUGUUUGUCUAAAAACGGUUGCUGAUCGUAUUGAUGAAAAUAAUUGUCUGGAUAUAUUGUUGGAGAAACAAUUAUCAUGGGAUCAGAAUCCAGAUAUAUUUCCACCAUGUAAUCUAUAUCGAUAUGAAUUAAUAUUGAAUGAAGAUGAUUGUCAAUAUGAAUUACGACAACGAAAAAAAUCAUUAAAAACAUUUAAUGAUGUGGAUCAAAUGUGGCAAUUGAUAAUGAAAUUUUUCCAUCAUAUCAUUGAUCAAUUAUUGACAAAUUAUUUUUUCAUGCCAACAUUCACAUUGAAUUUAUCACAACAUGAUCAUAUGAUUAGCUGUCAUCCACAUUGGCCAACAUUGGACAAAAUUAUUCAUUCACAACAUUGGCAACAAUUAAGUCAAUUUGUACAGAGUAAAACACCUGGAUCAAUCGAUUUGUUAAGAUGUUUUCGUAAACGAUUCCGUAAAGAACUAAAUGAAUUUGAAAAUCAAAGAGCCAACAACAACACCAUAAACAAUUCUGAUGAUGAUAAUGAUGACAAUGAAGAAUGGUUCAAUAUUUCAUAUUCAUAUCGUCCAGGUGAUUCAAAUAAUUUUGCCAAUUUCAAUGUACAAGCUGUACGUUCAUCAACAUUUGCCGUACUGGAUGUGGUUAUUGCAACAUUACAAACAUUUUUUCAUGCUAUUGAUCGUUCAGAUCCAAUGGAAACAUUUGGACAAUGUUAUCAUAGAUUUCUAUUGAAUGCAGACGAUGAUUAAUUGGGACUUAUAUAUAUAUAUUUUUUUGGUUCAAUUUUGCUCACUAAACACACAAACAUUGACACACACACACACACGACUGAAUGAAUCUGCAUGAAAAUUAAUUUAUUAUAUAUAUCAUUCAUAUGUUCAAAAUGUUGUGAUUUUUAAUUGUAUGUAUAUCAUUCAUAUGUUCAAAAUGUUGUGAUUUUUAAUUGUAUGAAUUGUAUGGAUUUUUUUUUAAUUAAUAAAAAUUAAUAUACGAAAAAAAAC